UGGUCUUAGAAAAAAUCUUUCCUCAAAAUUGACUACAUAGGGUUAAAUUGUUAAAGAAUGUUAGGAGAUUCUAACUGAUGCUAUCUGCUUCUGUACUAAGCUUGCUGUUCUAGUUGAUGAAGGAGAAAGGUAAAUAGUCCUCGGGGGUUUAACAUAGGUAUGCUUGAUUAAAUAGAAUAGAUGAUCUGUACGUUAAUGAUUAUAAUCUGCUUAUGUCGCUAAGAAGUCUGUAAAAUCACUAGGCCCCUGGUUAGUGAAACCUUGAACUAUUAAUGAUUGUCCUGUCUUUGUUCUCUUUGUUUUACUCGUACAUGUGUGCAGGCACGUAGCCCUUCUCCGGAGGGGCAUAAAAGUCCUGUACAAUUGCAGAUCGGGGCCACUCUCUCCGAGCAGAGGUGGUCGCCGGCCGGCUAAUAAAGACUCCAAUUAGACUUUUGAUCCUUUGUGUCUGAUUUGUGCGCUUUCACCCUACAACAUUUGGAGGCCCCAGCGAGAUUUGUGGGAGCCAGGGUGCGGAAGCGCAGGCUGAGCCCUUCGCCGGGGGGAGCUCCUGGGAACUAGUACCCAGCCCCGGGAAGGCUCAACCACCCUAAAAUUUUGUGAAAAUUCAGGAGUCUUCUGUUUGUUUGCACCGGUGAGUUGUUCUGUUUCGUUUUGUGGGCCCUCUUUGAUUGCCUGAGGGAGGCUGGACGCAGCUGACUCCCCUGGUUUGAAGCUCUGAAGGCGAGACGUCGCUUGAGAGCUAGGUCUCUUGUUUGGUUCUGUGUUUCACGUCUUGUCUGUUAUGUGUUUAUUGUUAUGUGUUUGUUAUUUUAAACGAGAUUCUGUAAUAAUAAUAAUUUGGUCUUAAGUUUUAUAUAAAUAAUCUUGUGUUUCUCUUUGGAACAGAUUGAAAAAGAUGGGACAGGCCGCCUCGAGAUCGACUGGUUGCACUAAUUACUCUCCCCUUGAGUGUUUUAUAAAGAAUUUUACAGACUUCCAACAGAGAGCACGGCCAUAUGGUUUCACUGUAAAUUCUUUUGACUUACAGAAGUUCUGUGAACAAGAAUGGCCGGCUUUUGGGGUUGGGUGGCCACCGGAGGGUAGCUAUCAAAGAUCUUUAGCUGCCCGGGUGCAGACGGUGGUUUAUGGGAACCCGGGACAUCCUGAUCAAAUUCCCUAUAUUCAAAUUUGGAAUGAUAUCUUGGCAGAUAAUCCUCGGUGGUUGCGUCGUUGCAAAAAGGCGGAUUCUCCGCCGAAAGCAGUCAUGGUGUCAAAGGUUGCAGGAGGGCCGGGAGAGGGACAAGCAGGCCGUAAGUUAUAUCCGGUACUGCCGGGACAAGGGGAAGAUCCCCUUUUGGAAGGACCCCCUCCUUACGUUACAACCCACUCCCGGGAAUCGGGGCAAUCGGAGAUCGGAGUCCAGAGCCCACCUGAUCUAGCAAGUCCCUCACAUACUCGUAGUGGUUCCCAAUAUCAACCACCACCUGGUGGUCACAUACCUGAGGUCCCUAUCCUUCCGCUACGACAAGCACCUAUGAACCCAGGGAUUGACCAUCCUCCUUUUAUGAUAUAUGUCCCUUUUUCCACCAGUGACCUGUAUAAUUGGAAAAAUCAAAACCCUUCUUUUUCUGAGAAACCCCAGGGAUUGAUAUCUCUGCUGGAAACUAUCUUUUUCACUCAUCAGCCCACCUGGGAUGAUUGCCAACAGCUCUUACAGGUGCUCUUUACCUCCGAGGAGCGAGAAAGAAUCCGAAGAGAGGCUACUAAGACAAUUCCGGGUCCGGACGGGCAGCCGACAACUGAUCCUGUCCGGAUUGAACGCGUUUUCCCUUCCCUGCGCCCUAAUUGGGAUCCGAAUGAUGAUGAAGGUAAGGGGGCUCUCGAUCAGUAUCGCCAGACUCUGCUCCGGGGUAUACGGGCUGCCGCCAAGAAGCCGACUAAUUUGUCUAAGGUGAGUGAGACAGUUCAGGGACAAAAUGAGGCCCCGGCGGCAUUUUUAGAGCGCCUCUUUGAGGCUUAUCGCCUUUAUACCCCAAUUGAUCCUGAGGCACCCGAAAAUAGGCGGGCUAUUAAUAUUGCCUUUGCUACGCAGUCGGCCCCUGAUAUUAGAAGAAAGUUACAAAGAUUAGAAGGGUUUGAGGGGAAACUGCUGUCUGAGUUAGUGGAAAUUGCCCAGAAGAUUUACAACAACCGAGAAGGAUCAGAGGUUGUGCAAUCAAAGAAAAUGGCUAAGAUCUUAGUAGCUGCUAUGGGGAAUUCUCAGAAUCUGUGUGCGGACAUGAAUAAGACUAAGAAAGGAAGACAUCCCAAGAAAGGUCGCAGUGAUGUAGGACCAAACCAAUGUGCCUAUUGUAAAGAAUACGGACAUUGGAAGAAGGACUGUCCGCUCCUCCAGCAAAAGAAAGGGGACCAACCGGCUUUAGUUCUGGCAGAAGAGACUGAGUGACGGGGCCCGGGCUCGAUUUUCAUGAGCCCCCGAGAGCCCAGGGUCACGUUAAAUGUAGGGAGCACUCCGGUGAAUUUCUUGGUAGAUACUGGAGCUACACAUUCUGUUUUGCAGAAAGCAAUAGGACCCAUAUCGGAGGUAAAAACCUCCAUACAAGGGGCUACAGGAAAAACUAAAUCCUAUCCAUGGACUAGGACUCGAAUAACUAACUUGGGAAAAGGAACAAUUACUCACUCUUUCUUGGUCAUUCCUGAAUGCCCAUAUCCACUUCUAGGCAGAGAUCUGUUACACAAAUUAAAGGCCACUAUAACCUUCCAGGGAGACGUGACCGAACUCUCGUUCGAUCAAAGCCCUUCUGCUAUGCUCCUCACGUGCCCCUUAUCAGAAGAAUAUUUGCUAACUGAAGAAAUUUCUGAAGAGGUUAAAUUGAAUAGAUACCUACAGGAGUUACAAUGUAAAAUACCUGGUGUCUGGGCAGAAACUAAUCCACCCGGACUAGCUUCCCACCGCUCCCCCAUUAUUGUGCAAUUGACUAGUACCGCCACACCGAUACGCGUACGGCAGUAUCCUAUUAGCUUAAAGGCAAGAAAAGGAAUUGCCAUUCACAUAGCAAGACUUAGACAGGCAGGAAUUCUGGUGCCUUGUCAGUCGGCUUGGAAUACUCCUUUGCUCCCAGUCCUGAAGCCGGGGACGAAUGAUUAUCGACCGGUACAGGACCUGAGGGAGGUAAAUAAAAGAACUGAGACUAUCCACCCAACGGUGCCUAAUCCAUAUACUCUUUUAAGUAUGCUGCCUCCAAACCAUCAAGUCUACACGGUGCUGGACCUGAAAGAUGCCUUCUUUUCACUUCCAUUGGCGGCGGUAAGUCAGCCCAUUUUUGCUUUUGAAUGGAUUGACCCAGAGGGAGAAUACUCGGGACAGUUGACUUGGACUCGAUUGCCACAGGGGUUUAAGAAUUCCCCCACUCUGUUUGAUGAGGCAUUGAGUCAAGAUUUGGUUCAGUUUCGACAGAACCAUCCCCAGGUGACUCUGCUGCAAUAUGUGGAUGAUCUCCUUUUGGCUGCACAAGACCAGGCAACAUGCAAAAAGGCAACUGAAGAUUUAUUGCUUGAAUUGGCCCAGUUAGGGUAUAGAGUCUCUGCCCGGAAAGCUCAAUUGUGUACUCCAGUAGCCACAUAUUUGGGUUAUGAACUAAAGGGAGGAAAAAGAACUCUCUCCACAGACAGAGUUCAAGCGAUUUUGAGAAUUCCACAACCUCAAACAAAGAAACAAGUGAGGGAGUUCCUGGGUGCAGUAGGAUAUUGUAGACUUUGGAUUCCUAAGUUUGCUGAAAUAGCAAAACCAUUAUAUGCAAGUACUGGGGGAAAAGGAGAAACCCUAGUAUGGACUGAAACUGAAACAGAAGCUUUUGAAAGUCUAAAGCGGGCACUUGUGAAUGCCCCAGCACUGACCCUGCCUGACGUGACUAAGCCUUUUAAGUUAUAUGUGGCUGAAGCACGAGGAAUAGCGAAGGGGGUGUUGACACAGGAGUUAGGACCUUGGAAUAGGCCGGUAGCCUAUUUAUCAAAAAGGUUGGACCCAGUAGCCUCAGGAUGGCCAGGGUGUGUGCGUGCCAUUGCGGCAACUGCUGCCUUGGUGAAGGAGGCCCUGAAGCUGACUUUGGGGCAGGAUUUAUGUGUAAUUGCCCCGCAUUCAAUAGAAACCUUGCUAAAAAGCCCUCCUGAUAAGUGGCUGUCAAAUGCUAGAAUAACACAAUAUCAAGUGUUGCUAUUGGAUCCGCCUAGAAUUAGGUUUUUGAAAACUGCUUCCCUUAACCCUGCUACCCUACUUCCGGACACAGAGCCAUCAGAACCUUUGCACGAUUGUUGUGAGAUACUGGAAUCCUUGACAAGCCUGCGGCCUGACCUUACAGACCAGCCUUGGCCGGACCCUGAGGAAGAGUUAUUUACGGAUGGAAGCAGCUAUGUGGAUGAAGGAAUAAGAUGACCCAACAGAUUACGGCCGGAUGCCUGACAUGUGCGCAAGUUAAUCCAGGUAAAAGAUUGAACCCCCUCCCCGGAGUCCGGUUGCGAGGACAAGCCCCUGGGGAGCAAUGGGAAACUGAUUUCACGGAAAUCAAGCCAGGCAAGUAUGGAUACCGCUACCUGUUGGUAUUCGUGGACACUUUCUCAGGAUGGGUAGAAGCAUUUCCCACGAAAUCAGAAACAGCACAGGUAGUAGUAAAGAAGUUAGUAAUGGAAAUUGUACCUAGAUUCGGCCUUCCUUUAGCCCUGGGGUCCGACAAUGGCCCGGCAUUCAUUGCCAAAACUACUCAAUUAUUAGCUCAGGUAUUACAAAUUAAAUGGAAGUUACAUUGUAUUUAUAGACCGCAAAGUUCAGGUCAGGUAGAAAGGAUGAAUAGAACAUUGAAGGAAAUAUUAUGUAAGUUAAGAGCGGAGACGGGCGAAGACUGGGUGAGCCUCCUUCCUUUUGCACUAUUAAGAACCAGGUGUACUCCAUAUGUCAGAGGUAUAACACCAUAUGAGAUAAUGUUUGGCCGUCCACCUCCACUGGUUCCUAAAGUGGGAGAAGAGAAACUAGCUGAAUUAAGUGACCACGCUCUUCUUAAAUCCCUGCAAGCCUUACAGCUGAGCACCCGGAAGAUCCACAACUUAGUCAGGGCUGCACACUCUAGUCUUGCUAAUUCUCCUUCUGAUAAAGUUUCUCUCCAGGUACAGCCCGGUGACCUUGUUUGGAUAAAGAAACUCCAGCCCGCUACUUUAGAACCAAGGUGGACUGGACCUUUACCGGUGAUUCUCACCACCCCUACGGCUGUAAAGGUGGCAGGAAAACGCCACUGGAUUCACCAUACCCAAAUCAAGAAAGCGACUCCAGUCCAAGAAGAACGAUGGACGGCUCGGCCCACCGAAGAUCCACUAAAGAUAAGACUUUUAAGACAUUCCUCUGGAACAUCUUGAUGGGGGUGGUGGCGACGAGCCCCCACCAGCCUUUAAAUUACACUUGGGUGCUCACGCGCACAGUCGAUGGGACAGUGAUAACUCAGAAUGUUACAGUCUUUUCUCCCUUGCUAUAUUUUGAUUUAUGUCAACUUUUAGGUAACACUGAGCCUGUGAUGGGGUUAUUACCUGAAGGGAGGUUCGGAGCCUACGGAUGUGGCAAUAUUAACAUAGAAAAAAACAUGCAACGUAUUAGAUAUUAUGGUUGCCCCACCACAGGCCCCUCGCAUUGUCAUGCAGAUGGACAAUACUGUAUAGAGUGGGGCUGUGAGACUAUAGCUAGUUGGAUAAACAGUGACUCUGAUAUUAUAUUAACAAAAAAGGCUCCUAGGUGUGUCUCUUCAAAUACCUGUAACCCCGUAACUAUAAGUAUUAAACGGGGCCAGGAUCAGACUUGGGCCACAGGGAAGACCUGGGAAUUUCACCUGUACGGAGGAGGGGGAAAGAAGGGGCCAGAAGUUUCAUUCACUAUUCAGAGAUUUACCCCCGUUCGUCAAUUUAAUCCUAUAGGCCCAAACCGUGAGAUUUAUUUAGGACCUGAAUUACCGACACAAGCCAUCCUAGAGCCUACAACACCAGAAAAGAGCUUGAUGUCAGAGCCACGCCGAAAGCCUGUGUUAAAUUUGUUAAAUUCAGUGUAUAAGUUUGUUAACCAAACAAAGCCUAAUAUAACUCGAGAUUGUUGGCUCUGCCUUAAUCCAGAACCUCCUUAUUAUGUAGGGAUUGGAGCCAUCCGACCCCUAGGUCAAAAUGAAAAUAAUAUAAGAAACUUGACUGCUGAAGAAAUAUAUAAGCAACAUUUAUGCAAAUGGGGUCAAAAGCCCAAGCUGACUUUAGAAGACCUACAGGGACAAGGGACUUGUAUUUACCCUGUGGGGUUCCCCAUAUCCCAAUCUCCCUAUAUGGCGUCAUGUAACAUUACCAUUCAACUAAAUAAUUUGACAGAUCCCGAACCUAAAACACUCUUGGUGGCCCCAAAUGGCACGUGGUUUGCAUGUACUACAGGUAUCACCCCUUGUGUCAGACCCGCGGUAAUUAUGCAAAAGCAGGAUUUGUGUGUUCUAUCUCAUAUCGUGCCUCAAGUCUACUUUUAUUCAGGAGAAGGCGGACGAGAACAUCUUCAAGCUUCUAUCCCUUGGCGGCUAAAACGAGCCAUUCCAGUUUUGGUACCGUUAUUAAUUGGACUAGGCAUUGCAGGCUCGGCUGCUGUAAGUACUGCGGCCUUAAUAACUGAAAAUCAAAAUUUUAAAAUUCUGAGUCACCAGGUAGAUUUAGAUUUAAGUGACUUGGAAAAAUCCAUUAGUUAUUUAGAACAAUCAGUUGAUUCACUGGCCGAAGUAGUCUUGCAAAACAGAAGAGGGUUAGAUUUAUUAUUCCUGAAACAGGGUGGAUUAUGUGUAGCCCUAGGAGAAACUUGCUGCUUUUACGCCAACCAUUCUGGAAUUAUUCAGAAUAGUCUUUCCCAGGUAAGAAAUAGAAUUCGGGAAAGAGAAGAACAAAUUAAUGCUGGACAUAACUGGUAUCAAAACUUGUUCACCUGGUCCCCAUGGCUCACUACCUUGUUGUCAGCCAUAGCCGGGCCAUUACUGUUACUUUUAUUAAUAAUACUGAUCGGUCCAUGCAUACUUAAAUGUUUAACAAAUUAUGUUCAAAGGCACAUACAAGGGGUAAAACUGAUGGUGUUGCGUACUCACUACCAUCAUAUUUGCGAUGAUGACCUAUGAUAACUAUCAAGGAUUUGAUAUUUCCAAGAAAACCAGUGGGGAAUGUGAUGGUCUUAGAAAAAAUCUUUCCUCAAAAUUGACUACAUAGGGUUAAAUUGUUAAAGAAUGUUAGGAGAUUCUAACUGAUGCUAUCUGCUUCUGUACUAAGCUUGCUGUUCUAGUUGAUGAAGGAGAAAGGUAAAUAGUCCUCGGGGGUUUAACAUAGGUAUGCUUGAUUAAAUAGAAUAGAUGAUCUGUACGUUAAUGAUUAUAAUCUGCUUAUGUCGCUAAGAAGUCUGUAAAAUCACUAGGCCCCUGGUUAGUGAAACCUUGAACUAUUAAUGAUUGUCCUGUCUUUGUUCUCUUUGUUUUACUCGUACAUGUGUGCAGGCACGUAGCCCUUCUCCGGAGGGGCAUAAAAGUCCUGUACAAUUGCAGAUCGGGGCCACUCUCUCCGAGCAGAGGUGGUCGCCGGCCGGCUAAUAAAGACUCCAAUUAGACUUUUGA